AUGGACGAAGAUGAUAUCGAGCAAUACAAGAAUGACUUGAAGGAUCUCAAAUCCAACCAAAAGCCUCUGAUCAACAUGUUAUCUCAAGUUGCUGAAGACUACAAGGACACGGACGGAGCAGAAACAAUCUCCAAGCUGAUAAGCGCUCGUAUCGCAGAGGUGAAACCAGAUCAGAAGCUGUACCUUCUCUAUCUUACCGACUCAAUAAGUAAAAACGUCCGUGGAAACUACAUUCAAAUAUUCGAGAAAGCUAUCGUUGCCAAUUUUGAAGAUGCCUUCAAAGCUAACAUAAAUCCGGACAUCAGAAAGAAGCUAUAUUUCCUGCGAAAAUCAUGGCAGGGACUGUUCAAAGAUGCGAUUCUCAAACGCCUCGACCGGCGAAUUCGAAUGGUGGAUCCUGGCUGGCCAAUUACUGGUCCAACGCAGCAAGAAUCCGUACCUGAAAUUAUCUCAAAACCAGUUCCAGGACCAGCGCCCAAGUCAGCGCUAAAACCGACCGUUAGAAAAGUCGCAACUCCAGAACCACCUGCACCAAAGCCAGCGCCAAAGGCAGUAUCAAAGCAAAAAGUUGUCCAAGCUCAAGCCCAGGCCGCUCCCAUCGCUAGGAAGGCACAACCAGCUGGAAAUGUCCACGUUAACCCAGCAUUUUUAAACAAGAAAACGGCCGAUUUGAAGGCAGAGAAGCUGGAACUGCAAGUAAAACUGGAUAUCUGCGGCGAUGAAAUCCAAGAAGCGCGCGAAAAGAAAGCAAAACUAGAACGACAACUGGCGAAGAAAGAAACUGCUGCAGAGAAGAAAGCGAUCCGAUUCAAACUUCUUGAAGUCAACAAGAAAAUGAUCAACCUCGAUGAUCAGAAAAUUGAACUCGAGAACGACCUCAAGAAGCUCGAGGCGCUCGGAAAGGUGAGUUAUCAGAAGCCAGACUCGACAAAACAAGCAUCGCAAAACUCCCAAAAAUCUUCAAGUCAAAGCGCAUCGUCUCAAGAGUCCACCGCUUCGGCUAGUCCGCCGUCGAAGCCCGUCAAGAAAAUCAUCAAAAAUCUCGUCAAACCAAAAACCACGGAGAACCCGCUUAUCGACAUCCUCGGAGCUCCAAAACGCCGGGCGCCAACUGAGAGUCAGAAAAAGAACCUGUCUGUCGCUUCAGAACUCAAGAACUCCCUAAGCAAGAAGAAAAAGUCAACACCACCGCAAGGGCCACCCUCGAAAAUUGUCAAAUCAGAGUCGAGUCUAAAGAACAACGGAGCGCCUCUUAUUCCAAAAGGAAGAAUACCGCUCAAGAAAAAGACCGAACCGAAGGUUGAAAAAGGCGAUGCGCCAGACAUCAUGGACACUUCCGUCGUCGAGCCAGCUCCUCCAAAGCUUGCGAAAGUUUCAACUUCUAGCAAGGGAUCAGUAAAUGUCAGAAGACCGGGGGGCAUGAGCACUAAUCCAACAGAACUUCUCAAGAAUUGCUCAAUACCCCAAGUUCGUGAAAUGGCUUAUAACAAGCUCAAGACCGGCAUGUUGAACAGGCGAGACUUCGAUGUUCUGAUCAACAGACUAUCAGUGCUAGAGAAGUACGAAGCAGAGAAAAAAGCUGCGAAAGAAGGUAAAGAAGUGCCUCCACCACGUGAUGAGCCACGAGACGAAGACAGUCGAACUCGCCAGCCUUGGUACUCGCACGGGACUCCACAGGACAGAGAAAUCUACCACGAGCACCCGCAGAGGCAGCAAGAUUGGCGAGACACUCUUUGGGAUCAGUACCACCACGUUCACGGCGACCCGGAGCCUCGUGGUUCCGCUCACAGACCACCUCCUCAUGAUCCGUGGAAAUACGACCCUAGAAACGAGCGGCCACCGGCAGAUCGGCAAAUGAUGCCAGAUCCAAGACGUGGAGAUCCACGAGGGCAUCCGGGUGAAAUGGAUCAUCGUAGGUCAGUAUCGCCGAAUGCUCAAAACAAUGUUCCGUCUUCUCGUAAUUACAUCGUUACUGACGACCUGCCACAGCCUCCUCGGCCCCCAAUUGAAGAGCGCCCAGCGCCUGUUAAUCCCGCUCCAGAAAGCUCAAGUGGCGGCCUCGACCUCCCAAUCGACUUGGACACAAUCAAAGAUCUACUGAAGUCGGUUGAGAGUAAAAACGCCACUUCAACGAGCCAGGAAAAACCAGUCAAGGCUGAUUUGGACGAGUUGCCAAAGAAGUACAUCGUUUUACCAGACAAAGAAAAGCCAAAGUCGCGGCGAACGCCUACACCAACGCUUGAGGAUGAGCCUGUGCCGAUUGCUAAUUUGGAGGAUGUUGGAGAUGAUAUGGAUGACUCGAAGCUCCCGAGAGUGGAAUUCACUGAAAAUGCCAUCAAAAACCGAAUUAAUCCGUUGAUAAAACGGCUUUACGCUGGGCUGCAAUGCUCUGCCUGCGGGAUGCGAUUCAAGAAGUCGCAAACGACCCGAUAUGCUGACCACUUGGACUGGCAUUUCAGAGUUAACAAGCAGGUCAAGAACGGGCAGAUCGAUACCCACAGGAAAUGGUAUUACAAAGCUUGGGACUGGAUCAUGUACGAGGAAAUCGAAGAUGCAGAUAAAAAGGCCGAUCCUUCCGCGGAAGACAACGGAAGCAGUCCGAAGGGACAGGAUGAAAAGAAAGAGGAAGCUGAGGUGGAGGUCAAAGUGAAAACCCUUCCCGUCACUGCAGGUGAUUCCAGCUGUGCCGUCUGCGGAGAACGCUUCCAAACAGCGUAUGACGACGAUGAAGAUGAAUGGCACUACCAGGAUGUCACCAAGCACGAAGAUUCAGGCAAACUUGUACAUACGGGAUGUCUGGAGGACGCUGGAAACAUGCACAUUCCGCGAAUGGUGAGAAGCGAUAGUAUAGACUCGAUAGAGCUGGACAAGACGAUGGAAGAGGAGGAUAAUAUUGAUGAGGACACGGCGCAGGAUAUUGGAAUUGAAAUGGAUAAGAUGAAUGUUUCCCCUUCACGAGAGAAAAGUGAAAUCAAGGAGGAAAACGCAGAACCGAACGAUGUCGAGAUGAAAGAGGAGGAACCUCAAGCAGACCUGCCUCAAUCUCCCAAAGCUGAACCAGGAUCUCCUGCUCCGCAAGAGCCGAUGAAAACUGAAGUUGCCGAGCCAGAUCCACUUGAAGAGACGAAUCUUUACGGCGAUUUGGAAGACGCCGAGCUAGAAGAGAUCAACAUGUCCUUCGAUGCGCCAAUUUCACCUCCUGCUGUUUAA